CAUUUAGGGUUUAUUUAAAUAAAUUUUUAAAAAGGACAAAAUAUUUUUUUUACACCAAAACAGUGACAUUCAUGCAGUCAUGUUCAUAAAGUCUGUGUUUAUUCCAUUCGUUUUAUAUAUUUAUUUAUUUAUUCUUGAUUUAGCAUCUGGUCCUCAGAACUCAUUCACACACACAGGGCAAAGCGUCGCCUCGGAUGACGUCAUGACCAAGUCUGUCGGCGGAAAGCGAAAAAAAAAAAUGUCCCUCGCCGAAUCCGAUUGGUUUAUUGAACCCCAAACCCCGCCCACAUGAAGAAAAUUGGGGUCCAACCACGUCCGCACCGAAAUGCAUACACCCACUCUGAUUGGUCUGCUCUUGUGCCAGUCAAAGCGAUCUCGUAGUUCCGAUUGGCUGGUGGCGAACGCUGAGUUUUGCUCCGACGGGGCGGAUUUCGUAGUGCCUCGGUUGACAUUGUUGUUGUUGUGGGAGUCGGAAUGUAGUUGCUGAGCGGAGCAGGAGGCUUCUAUACCCGGGAUACACGCACAUGACGGAGGAGUCCAGAACCAGAAGACAAUUAGCUGGGAGAGAGGCACCGGGAUGGGACCGUAAAGAGGAGAUUUCUGCUGCAAGGCCGAGCUGAAGGUGUAGCCAUACUGUUGUUGAUCGUGGGCUGGAGGAGAGUCGCUCUCCUGUUCCUUUCCGCUGCCCCGAUGUCCCCCUGCAGCGCCGUCGCUUCAUGAUCACAUGACCCUGGAUAUGGACGCAGUCCUGUCCGACUUUGUCCGCUCUACAGGAGCCGAACCCGGACUGGCCAGAGACCUUCUAGAGGGUAAAAACUGGGACCUGACUGCCGCCCUGAGUGAUUUCGAGCAGCUGAGGCAGGUGCAUGCUGGGAGUCUGACCUACUCGUUUCCAGAAGAAAGGGAACAGGUGCUGACUGAGCAAAAGGACAUGACUAGGGUGGGACGACCUCUGCUGCACCGGCAGGACGACGUGGUGCAAGCAGCCACAGAAAAGCGUCUCUCUCGAGGGAUCUCUCACGCCAGUUCCACUAUCGUGUCUCUGGCUCGCUCUCACGUGUCCACCGUAGGAGGAGGUGGCAUCGGCACCGAGAUGCUCCUGGACACCCCAGUGUGCACAUUCCAGCUGCCCGACCUCACAGUGUACCGCGACGAUUUCCGCGGAUUCAUCGAGCGAGAUCUCAUCGAGCAGUCCAUGAUGGUGGCCCUCGAGCAUGCAGGGCGACUAAACUGGUGGACGAAGCUGGGAUCCGGAUGCCAGAGUCUGUUGCCCCUGGCGACGAGCGGAGACGGAAACUGCCUCCUUCAUGCCGCGUCUCUGGGCAUGUGGGGCUUCCACGACCGAGACCUGAUGCUGCGGAAGUCUUUAUACGCCCUGAUGGACCAUGGCCUGGAGAGGGAGGCACUGAAGCGCAGGUGGAGAUGGCAGCAGACCAUGCAGAACAAAGAGUCAGGGCUGGUGUACACCGAGGAAGAGUGGCAGAAGGAGUGGAAUGAGUUGUUGAAGUUGGCCUCCAGUGAGCCCAGGAUACACUACAGCACUAACGGCACUAACGGCGCAGAGUCGCAGGAGGAACCCGUGUACGAGAGUCUGGAGGAGUUCCAUGUCUUCGUUCUGGCUCAUGUUCUCCGCAGACCGAUAGUAGUGGUGGCAGACACCAUGCUGAGAGACUCAGGGGGAGAGGCCUUCGCCCCGAUCCCGUUUGGGGGGAUUUAUUUACCCGUGGAGGUCCAGGCGCACAAGUGUCACCGCUCGCCCCUGGUGCUGGCUUACGACCAGGCGCAUUUCUCCGCCCUAGUUUCCAUGGAGCAAAAGGACGGUUCCAAAGAACAAGUGGUGAUUCCUCUGACUGACUCGGAUUAUAAGAUGCUUCCCGUGCACUUUGCCGUGGAUCCGGGUAAAGACUGGGAAUGGGGCAAAGACGACGUGGACAACGUGAUGCUUGCCAGUGUUACUUUAUCUCUGGAGGCGAAGCUCCACCUGCUGCACACCUACAUGAACAUAACAUGGCUUCCUCUUCCGUGUGAGGUACAGCAAGCACCCCUCGCCCAGCCUGAGUCUCCGACCGCCUCGGCCGGCGAGGACCCCCGCACACCCCCCGACUCGGGAGAGUCCGAUAAAGAGUCCGUGAGCAGCAGUUCCAAUGGAAAUGGCGACAGCAGUGCAACAGGCAGCAGCAGCGGAACGGCGGGGAAAUCCUCCAGUUCCUCCAGUUCCUCCAGCAGCGUCAACGGAACGAUGGGGAAAGAGAAGAACAAGAAGGACAAAGAAAAGGACAAAGAUAAAGAUAAGAAACGGGCCGAUUCGGUGGCCAAUAAGCUGGGAAGCUUUGGCAAGAGUCUGGGCAGCAAGCUGAAGAAGAACGUUGGUGGUUUAAUGACUGGAAAAGCUGGGGCAGGGGGCACCGGUAAGCCCGACGGGCGGAGAAGAAAAAAGGGUCCCUCCGGGUGCAAAGACAGCAAGGAUGGCAAAGACGGCUCUCCGUCAACCCAACCCGGUUCGGAGGACUCGGGCAAGGGAUCUCCGUCCUCGCAGAACGGAAACAGCUCUUCCGAAGGCGACUCGUACAAGUACAGCGCCGACGUAAAGGCGAGUCUAAGCAUCCUGCGAGCGGCUAUGCAGGGUGAACGCAGGUACAUUUUCACCGGCCUUCUGACUACCAGCGACCGACAGCCGUAUCAGGAAGAGAUGAUUCAGAGGUACCUGGUGGAUGCUGAGGAGCGCUUCCGCGCAGAGCAGGAGCAAAAGAGGGAGGCUGAGCGCAAAGGGGUGACUAAUGGAGCCCAGCCCAAGAAAGAGCACUCGGAAUCUGGCUUCCGAGGAUUUGAGGGGAAAGAGGACGUUCCAGAGGCGCCUCAUCCGCAUUAUAACACCCUCAAAUCGCCUUCUUUUACCCCAUCGCUGUAUACAGGAGUCAUACCCAUUCCUAGAGCCACCUUCCUCGAGCACUCGCCUGCACCUCUUUCCCAGCACCUCCACAUUCCAGGAUACAUGGACGCCCGGCGCCAGCUAGCUGGGGGCUCGCCGUCGACCUACCCAGGCCUGCCUGCCUACGCCACCUUACCCCGAAGCUGCCCCCUAAGCCAAGGCCCUGUUCAUACUCACGCUCAUUACCAUCCACCCAGCCCUGCCUGUGCAGCGCCUUGCUUCUCACCCUCUUACCCCCAUCAGCAGGAUAUUCCCGACUUCCACAGCGAGCCGGUCUGCGGUGCGUACGCCAACGGCUUGCUAUCAGGACUGGACAGCCGAGGCGGGCCGCCUCCAGUCCGGCACUACUCCCUGGGCAGCGCCGGCGGCUUGGUGAGCCUGCAGUCGACUCGGUGCCGAACACCAAACUGCAACUAUUAUGGACACCCGGAAACCUGCAACUACUGCUCGUACUGCUACAGGGAGGAGCUGAAGAGACGAGAAACCGACACGGCCAUGCACAGGUUCUAAGGUGUUUACGCGGUACCCCGCUAGUGCCGUCUUCUUGACGUGAGACUCAGCUGGUCUCGAGCAAGAAAAUUUCGACGGGCCUUCCUGAGCCGUUUGCGGUUGGACUGCGCGUAGACGACUCAGAGGGGGGGGCGUGGACGCAAAGUCAGGAGUCCGUACUUUUGCAGUGGAUUUUAGGCGGUAGAUUUGUCGUCAUCUGCGGCGCGCCGUUCUUUCUUGCUGCUUCGACGUCGCGGCGCUUCCGGCUUGUCACGAGGGUGUCGAGGCAGGUUUCCUUUUGUUUCCUUUUUUGGUUUUUUGCCCUGACUGGCGCAAACUUGCGCUGCAUAAAGACAUGCAAAAUAUCAUUAAAACACGAAGCACAAGCAGAAGAUGCACAUUUGUACAGCUUCACACUUACACUUAUCGAGUGACUCUCGGAGACCCGUUUUUUGCCGUUUGAUUGUAAAGAAAAUAUUUUGUCUUUUUUUUUUUUUUAGAUCCCAAAUUACCCACUGUUUCAGCUCUGCCCCAAAGUCGCAUCCUAACAGGAUUCUCCUGACCAUUGUGUUGUCCGGUAUCUCCGAAUCCGACAGCCCGAGGGCUUUAAGUGUGUAGUAGCUUGUUGUAGGUGGAGGUGAAGAGCGAAUUUAGCAGGUACAGAAAGCUAACAUUGAGUCCUCGUCGUGUCCGAGUCAGCAAGACACUCGUUUCAGAUGGCGUGUUAAUUUAUAUUAAAGAAAGACACUAGUCUCUGUUCAUCCUGCUGUUACCGUCUGCUAAUGUCUUUAGAUAUUAUAACCCGCAGCUCAAUAUACUCAGUUUUGAGGAGUUUUUCGAAGCCUUUGAAGUUAAACUGUAGGGUGAACAAAAAAUAGCUUUUUUUUUUUUUCCCGAAAUAAUAAAAGGAGGGUCAGUGGACUUUUCUCUGCACAAAGUCAAGCACUUUUCUAAUUUCCUGACAUUUCUUUGUUUCUUUGGUCUGAUGAUGAUGAUGAUGAUGAUGAUGAUGAAGACCCCAGACUGUUCUGUUGUCUAUCAAAUGGUGUGUUUUUUUAGUUUGUUUGUUUUUUUUUUUAAGUGAGACUCUUUUAAGCUUAAGAGACUCCUAAUUCGGCUCGACUUCGCUGUUUCCUAGUUGCCUUGUCUGUCUCACUCCGGUCCUUGUUGAACUCAGAACUCGAUUUUUCAGAGCACUGCUGCAGAAAAUCUUGUUUUUUCAGAGCCGGGAUGUUGCGCACGUUCGAGGAAAAAGCUAAAGAAAUACUUCUAAUCGAAAUAAUACAUGGUAAUUAACCGUAAUAAAUAAUAUAUAUGACUACAAACUUGAAUUAUUUGCGAAAACCAAGUCACCUACGAUUAUUUUCAGAAGCUUUCUCGGUUCAUUUGGCGGUUUCACCUCGUCAAAUUGUUCUCGUCGAGCCGUUUGGCGUCACUAGUCGAUACAGGAUGUCAUGUUUCCGUGUCAUAACCCGGGAGAGAUCUUUACAGCCAUAGUGAGCGAGUGAACACCAUGUAAGAUGGUCCCUUGGUGUGAUCUGAAAGUUUUGUAAUCUGUAAAAUAAUUGCAAUAAUUACAUUUUUUUUGUUAACUUAAAAAACUGACCCAUGCUGAAUCAUA